UGGACUCGCAAAAAAAUUGUUCCCAUGGAAAUGCGCAUGCGUAUUAGCUUUGGAUAUGCCGAUGGUCUUUCUUUUCGGUUGGGCGCUGGUCUAGAGUCCUUUCUUCUUCACGAAGGUCAAAAUGUCGAAGUCCACUAAGAGAAAGGGAAAGGAAGCCAAGAAGGAGGAGAACAUUGUCCUCGGACCUCAAGUCGGUGAGGGCGAGAAUGUUUUCGGCGUAGCUCACAUCUUCGCCUCCUUCAACGAUACCUUCGUGCACAUCACUGAUCUUUCUGGAAAGGAAACGAUCACCCGUGUCACUGGUGGUAUGAAGGUGAAGGCUGACCGUGACGAGGCCUCACCAUACGCUGCUAUGUUGGCCGCUCAGGAUGUGGCUGUUCGCUGCAAGGAGGUUGGAAUCACUGCCCUUCACAUCAAACUCCGUGCCACUGGUGGAAACAGGACUAAGACCCCAGGACCCGGUGCACAGUCUGCCCUCCGUGCCCUUGCACGUGCUGGCAUGAAGAUCGGUCGCAUUGAGGACGUCACCCCCAUUCCCUCCGACAGCACCCGCAGAAAGGGUGGACGCCGCGGUCGCCGUCUAUAAAUUUUGUUUUUUGUGCUUCUUGCAAAAUACAUCUCCGGAAAGACAAA